AUGCCGCAAGUUUCGGAAUUCCUCGAUGGCGUCCAAUUAGAGGCCCGCUGGCUGCCCGGCGCCCGCGGCCGGCGCCUCGGGGGUCGAGGCCCGGGGGCUUUGGCGCGGAGAGCGAUCUCUUCCCCAGUCGUGCCCUCUCGCCUCGUCGUGGUGACCCGGGAGAACCGACAGGUCACGGCGGGGUUCCUGGGGCCGCUGACGGAGGGGGAGUCGCUGACGUUGUACUGCGUGGUCACUGGAGGCCGGCCGACCCCGCGCGUGACCUGGUGGCGCGGGCCGCACCUGCUGCCCAGCACGAGCGUCACCAUAGGCUCGGGCACCACGCCCCUCGCCAGCCACGAGGUGGACGACCCCCUCAUGACCCUGGGCAUGGACCUGGGCAUGGGCCUGGGCAUCGGGCUGAGCGACCGGCGAGUGCGAGCGGAGGUCAGGAUCCCGUCGCUGACCCGGGACUUCGCGAGGGCCAACCUGACCUGCCGCGCGCACAACAACAACAUCACGGAGCCGCUGUCGACGACCAUCACGCUCGACCUGUACCGUUCUCCAUCUGUAUGUUGUGUCCUUAGUGUGGGUCCCCAGCUGAGUGUUAUAUUGUCUUCGCUGGCUAUGUUCGUUUACGAGCUCGCGCCGCACGAGAGCAACGGUGUAAGGUUAUGCAAGUUGCAGGAGCCAUAUCUCGAAGGCGAAUCGCCGGCGGGGGCUUGCGUCCGCCCUGCCACGGUGCAGAUCAAGGCCCCGAAGGCGCCGCUGCAGGAGGGGAAGGCGACGCAGAUCAAGUGCGUGUCUUCGGGCUCCUACCCUUCGGCCGUCGUGUCCUGGGAGAUCACGCAGGCCGGAGACUCCAGGCUGCUGCCGGCUAAGUCCCACAACAUCGGCGACGCCACGACGUCCAUCCUGGAGUUCGUUCCGGAGGCGCGCGACCACGGCGCCACCCUCGCCUGCCGCGCCCACAACCCCAACAUCUCCGGGAAGGGCAUCCGCAUGUACACAGUCCUGCAAGUACACUUCUCCCCCAGGGUGAAGCUCCGCCUCGGGGCGAACCUGCAAGGGAAAUCAAUCACAGAAGGAGAGGACCUGUACUUCGAGUGCGAGGUGGCCUGCAACCCGCCUAUGGAGGAGAUCGUGUGGUAUAAGGAUCCUCAACCCGACGUCCUCCUUAAGAUCAAACUCUCACCAUCACAAAACUCAAACCAAAGCACAAUCAAACGAGAUUAUAGAGAAAUAUCAUCCAGGAGACCGAGAUCACGAGUCCUGUUGAGCGAAACAAAGACAAAAACAAACACAAAACGCACUGAACCGAAAAUAAGCCUGGAGAUGCGCUUGCAAACCUAUCCCUCACGCCCUCCUCCCUCUGCCAUUCUGCCGCAGGGCGAGAGGGUCCACCCCAAUCCCAAGGGCGGCGUCCUCAUCUCCUCGAAGAACCUGGUCCUCCAGAUGGUGCGGCGGACUUCGGCGGGAAACUACACCUGUGCCGCCGAGAACUCCCUCGGUGCCACCACCAGCAACGUGGUGCUGCUCUCCAUACGAUACCAGAGAUAUGGACUACACUACCAAGUCGAUGUAGGCUGCAAGCAACCCACGACCGAACUCACGAUGGCGUUCCACAACUACUCAAAGCCCUUGGAUACGCAUGACCCAAUGGACUCAUGCGCUGCAUCGAAAGUUUCCCGCUUGAAGGACUCCCAUGGAGCAACUGGGUCCAUCGAGUUUUCGAGUUCUAUGAAUCGCUCAGAGACUAAAUCCAUUGGCACACUCCUCCUUCAGUCUUUGCAAAUGAAACACCCUAGAGUGGAGGAUCCUGACAAGAACGAACUUCAACAAGUUCUUCCUCUUGUGUAUGUGGUAGAUCUCCCCGUGUGUGUGGGCGGCCCUCAGGCGGUCGCCGUGGCGGAGGGAGAAGACGUCCGCUUGACCUGUGAAGUGGACGCCCAGCCCGAAGACAACCUUCACUUCACGUGGUACUUCAACAACACUCUGGACACUGUCGAGGUCGAGCGCCAUCGAAUUGAAGUCCGGCCGGGGCACAGCUUCUUAGAUUAUACGCCGAGGUCGUCCAGGGAUUACGGCACGCUGUCCUGCUGGGCGACCAACGAGGUGGGGACGCAGGCCGACCCUUGCAGGUUCACGGUGGUCGAGGCAGGGCCCCCCGAGCGCGUGGGGAACUGCAUGCUGGUCAACCUGACGGUGAGCACCCUGGAGGUGGAGUGCACGCCGGGCAGCGAUGGGGGCCUCCAGCAGAAGUUCGUGGCCCGCGUGUACGCCGCGCCCACGCACACCCUCGUGGCAACCCUGGAGGAGGACACGCCCAGGUUCUGCGUCGGCGGCCUCACGCCCGGCCAGGAUUAUCUUAUCACCAUCACCGCAGUCAACGAUAAAGGCUCAAGCGACCCGGAGGAGAUCGAUGCCGUCAGGCUCAAGGUCGCAGAGAACAGGAUGGUUGACGUCUCACCAACGCCCAUGUCUCCUCUUGUGGGCGUAUUUCUGGGUUUGGUGGGCGGCUUUAUACUACUUUUGGGUGCUGGGAUCUUGUUAACGAGAUUUAGAGCGAACAAUCAACAUCCUGUUCAUCACUACAUCCUUUUCCUCUCCAGCCACCCUUGUCUCCCAUACAAGAAUUUAUCUUAG